AUGCUUCUUAGUCGUACACUGCCACAAAUGCUUGGUUUUGGCAUUUAUUUUGCUCAUUCGAUUAAGCAUACUGAAGGAGAAACAAGACAGGGUCGAGCAGGUGGUGGUAUUAUUUGUGCUAAAAUUCGCAUGGGUCGAGUACAGGAAAUCGAUAAGACUGGAAUAGCACUAGUACGAAAUACAGAUGCUAGGCAUGCGAACUAUGAUACGAUCUAUUAUAAACAAGAUGAUGAAAAACGGGAUGAGUUUUGUAUAAAAAGUUCGGACCAAAUUUUGGAAUGGGUUAUUGUCAUUGAAGAAGCAUGGGAUCCCAAAGUUAGAAGUUACGGCUUGGAUACAGAAUUGAGGGUGUGGCUGUGA